UCUAACUUAAGACUACCCUGACCCAUUUUGAAAUCUGAAAAUCUUCCACCCAAGCUUUUAAUCACAACUCUGAUCAUGACAAAUCUAAGAUGAAGUGUUUUCUCUGUUGUCUUUUCAUUGUGAUCUCCCUUGAAAAUCCUUGAAAUUGUCCUGGAAUUACCACUGAUGAGGAUAUUCUUAAGUCUAAAACCAUCUCGUCUCUCUGGCAACGACACCAUAUCCCCACACGCCGUCACAGGCUGGACGACUGUACAGUCACACAUAUAAACACACUGAAAUUCAUUUGCUUGUCCAGGCUGAAUCUCUGAAACAGCUCCACCUCUGCUGCCUGAUGCUGUAACUGCAGCUCCAUUCAAUUCUUUAACUCGAUUAUGAGAUAUCCUGUUUUAAAUGUAACUGUUUAGCUGGCAGAUUUAAACCAUUAUUACUAUCUUGUUAUUGCUGUAAAUGAUUUCUAAUGGCUCACCUACAUCUCAUUCAACAUCUACAGCUGUAGCUCAGACUUUGGAAAUGACCAGUGUCAGGAAAAGAACAAUAGAGAGAGAGAGCAUGGCCUCUAAUGAGUUUUAACAAACUUGCGAUGUGUUGUGUAGAUGUCCUUGUCGUCCCUUUGAACUCAACUACAAAUCUGUCAGUUAACCCUGCAGUCACGUUGCAUUUGGUUAUGAUUUAGAAAGCUGCAACACUACCAGCUGCUGACACUGUGGAAACAGCUCUAUGGUCAGAAUAUCCAGAGACUUUAUAGAACAACAGUAUAUAUUAGUAGUCUAACUAUGAUGUCAUACCAAAGUCACACUAUUGUGUUGUCAUAUUAUCCUAUAAGAUGUAAUGCUUUUAGAAUGUGUAAAUAAUAUAUUUCCAGUGCUUUGUAUCCUGCUGCAGUGAGGCUUUGGUCUUAUGUUGUUGUUAGUGUUGUGCACUCUGAAGGGUCAAGUACGGGAUCCAUGGUGGACGUUAUUGUGACAUUACCCAACCAAACUUUGAUUGUAGAGACCGCACUAUUUACCCACACAUAAUUUACUGUUAACAUUCUUUUUAAAAUAUAUUUUAAAAUCUUUUUUGAAGUAAAAACUGAAAAUGAUCGAGCUUGUGACUAGAAGUUUUCUUUUUUUUAAUAUUGUGUGAGGGUAAACUGGAAACCUUUGGACUGAUAAGAUGGUGUCACCUUGGCAUUCUCAGAACUGUGCUGGGAAUCUUUUAUUGACAUUUUUAUAGACUAAUAAAAAAAUCAAUUAAUUGGAAAAAAAAUAACGGGCAGAUUAUUGAAUAAGGCUUCGCUCAGUGCAUCAUUAAAUCUAGACGUGGAAACACUGGAACGUUAAUUAUAUGUAACCUUGACAUUUAUGACUCUACAAGAACUCAGCGCAGUUGAGAAAAGCGGCUGAAAUAUAAUUGAAUGCCACUGUGAGUGGGAUCAAACUGUGCGGACAUGUGACCACGUUCAGCAGAGCCACUCACUGAAAACUAACCCAACAAGUUUGUUCUGUUUUUAUUGUGUGAAAAACUGAAGCGGCUCACGCUGACACGAGUUAGCUCGUUAUAUUGAUCAUAUAUUGCCUGCCCGGACCUCCUGUAGGCUACCUGUUAAAUACCAAAGCUUGUUUUUGGCCAUUUGUGCCGAUGCGUUGAUCAGAUAUUGAUUAUGGGCGCACAUAUGCAAGAAAUGCAAAGCCAAAGAAUGCGCGUGUGUGCAGUGGAAGCAGUGCUGAAGUUAAAGUCACCGUGCAAAUGUCAAAAUCUUUGAGGUUUAGCCUCUCUCUCUCGCUCUCUCUCUCUCUCACUCGCUCUCAGAGCUCGUGCAGGCUCGCUCUCUCUCCCCUCCUCGCUCUCUCCCUCACACUCAGCCAGCCGGUGCUGCAGUGGCUCAGUCGCAGAGCGCUAGCGCGGCUGCUUUUCCGCGGUAACUCGUUUCAUCCGUCGGGACACGACUGCGUCCACGGAUCGUAGAUGCAGCCCUCCGUUUGCGCCGCUUCGUCUCCAAACACGCACCCGUCCGACCCGCUUGACGUCUUCCGCGCGGACUCGGCGUCUCGUUCGUGCGUCCCGAUUGCGUAAAAGUCGUAAGUAGCUAAGGGACGCGCUGUCCAAUAAUCUUGAUCGAUCGCAGGCCGGAAGCACGCGUUAGUUUAGUUUGGACAAUUGUGUCGAUGUGCGCGGAGAUGGAAAGUUGACCGCGUUCUCACAUGAUCGCCGCGAGCUCUGCAAAGUAAACGACUCUGUCCCGAAAAUAUCCAGCAUGCAAUGCAUAAUUAAUCAAGCAUUAUGCACAAACACACGCCGAUUAAUUAUUUACUCGAUCUGCUAAACACUUGCAGUUUAAAGUAAAUAGGUGUCCGCCACAGUAUCUGCAAAGCGCAACAUAAAGUCCAAACACACUCCAGGGCGGCCGGACACGUGUUGAGUUCAGUGUACGUUUAGCUGUGGGAUUGUUCAGAACAGCCCGACCUUACAGCUGCAGCACCGGGGUCAAGCUGCUCCGGUUCAGCUCACCUUGAACCAUGCUGGCAAGAAGAAGCUGUACAUCGGAGCGCUGUUCCCCAUGAGCGGAGGCUGGCCGGGCGGUCAGGCGUGCAUGCCCUCCGCUCAAAUGGCCCUGGACCUGGUGAACAACAGGAGCGACAUCCUGCCCGACUACGAGUUGGAGCUCAUCCACUACGACAGCAUGUGCGACCCAGGAGAAGCUACAAAGUUGCUGUAUGACCUUCUGUACACCGAGCCUAUCAAGAUCGUCCUGAUGCCCGGCUGCAGUGGCGUCUCCACGUUAGUGGCUGAGGCAGCUCGCAUGUGGAACCUCAUAGUGCUCUCCUAUGGUUCCAGCUCACCAGCCCUGUCCAACCGCCAGCGUUUCCCGACAUUCUUCCGCACGCACCCGUCAGCCACCCUUCACAACCCCACCAGGGUGCAGCUCUUCAAGAAGUGGAAGUGGACUCGUAUCGCCACGAUUCAGCAGACCACUGAAGUCUUCACUUCCACUCUGGAUGAUCUGGAGCAGAGGGUGAAGGAGGCAGGCAUCGAGAUCAGCGUUCGCCAGAGUUUCCUCACCGACCCGGCUGUCGCUGUCAAGAACCUCAAGCGCCAGGAUGCUCGGAUCAUCGUGGGGCUCUUUUAUGAGACCGAAGCACGGAAGGUGUUUUGUGAGGUGUUCAAGGAGAAGCUCUAUGGGAAGAAGCAUGUGUGGUUCCUGAUAGGCUGGUACGCAGACAACUGGUUUAAGAUCAAAGACCCGGCCAUCAACUGCACAGUGGAGAACAUGACGGAGGCCGUGGAGGGUCACGUGACCACCGAGAUCGUCAUGCUGAAUCCUGAAACUGUCCGUGGAGUCUCCAACAUGACAUCACAGGAGUUUCUCGCCGCCUUGAUGUCUCGUCUGGGAGGGAAGAACCCCGAGGAGACCGGCGGGUUUCAGGAGGCCCCUCUAGCCUACGAUGCAGUGUGGGCGCUGGCACUAGCCCUUAAUAAGACUGUGGCACCGCUGAAGGCUAAGGGCCGACGUCUGGAGGAUUUCAACUAUAACAACCACGACAUCACGUCCGAGAUUUACAGGGCCCUCAACACAAGCUCCUUUGAAGGCGUCUCGGGCCAGGUGGUGUUUGACGCCCAGGGAUCCAGGAUGGCAAUGACUCUUAUCGAGCAACUGCAAGGAGGCAGUUAUAAGAAGAUUGGUUACUAUGACAGCUCUCAAGGGAACCUCUCCUGGUUUGGCAAUGAUGUUUGGAUAGGUGCUGGGCCUCCGGCCGAUCGGACAGUGGUGAUUGACGAAUACAGGUACCUGUCUCAAAAGCUGUUUGCAGCCGUGUCCGUCUUCGCCGGCCUCGGCAUCCUGCUCGGCAUCGUCUGUCUAACCUUCAACAUCUAUAACGGGAAUGUCCGGUACAUCCAGAACUCACAGCCCUACCUGAACAACAUGACAGCGGUGGGCUGCAUGAUGGCGCUCGCUGCUGUGUUCCCGCUGGGGAUUGAUGGUCACCACGUCCAGAAGUCUCAGUUCCCCGUCGUCUGCCAGUUCCGCCUGUGGCUCCUCGGCCUCGGCUUUAGCCUGGCGUACGGCAGCAUGUUCACCAAGAUCUGGUGGGUCCACACCCUCUUCACCAAGAAGGAUGAGAAGAAGGAGAAGAAGAAGCAACACUUGGAGCCGUGGAAACUCUACGCAACGGUCGGGGUGCUGCUGGCUAUCGACUUCCUGUCACUCAUGAUCUGGCAGAUUGUGGAUCCUCUGCACAUUACUAAGGAGAAGUUCACUAAGGAGGCUCCUAAAGAAGAUUUGGAUGUCCUGAUUCAGCCCCUGCUGGAGCACUGCAGCUCAAAGAAGAUGAACACGUGGCUCGGUGUGGUUUACGGCUACAAGGGUCUGCUGCUGCUGCUGGGCAUUUUUCUGGCAUAUGAGACCAAGUCUGUCUCCACAGAAAAAAUCAAUGACCAUCGGGCCGUGGGGAUGGCUAUUUACAACGUUGCUGUGUUGUGCCUGAUCACAGCUCCGGUGACUAUGAUCCUGUCUUCACAGCAGGACGCCUCCUUUGCCUUUGCUUCUCUAGCUAUCGUCUUCUCUGCCUACAUCACACUGGUGGUGCUCUUUGUACCCAAGAUGCGGCGUCUCAUCACCCGCGGCGAGUGGCAGUCGGAGCAGCAGGACACCCUGAAGACUGGCUCGUCCACCAACAACAACGACGAGGAAAAGUCCAGGCAGCUGGAGAGGGAGAACAGGGAGCUGCAAAAGAUCAUCCAGGAGAAAGAAGAGAGGGUUUCGGCGCUCCGCAAUCAGCUGGCUGAACGACAGGCUCUACGUAACCGCCGCCGACCCUCCACGGGCCAGAAUCAGAACCACAAUGCCCCGCCUCCUUCUUCUCAGCCAGAUCCCAAGUCCCUGCUCCCUCCACCCGGCUAUCCCAACCCAACCACGGACAAUCAUUCCCUCCCACCUUCCUUCUCCAACUCCUCCAACCUCUACCCAGCAGACAGCAAGAUGAGCCGCAACCACUGUCACAACAGCCAGAUCCCGCUGCUGUAUAAAUAGGUGAAACACGGGAGGGUUCGGGUGGGGGAGGCGCACACGAGGGACACAGAACAGCACGAGACACUGUGAGUUUCACUUGUUUGGGCAACGAGCACAGCGGAGUAGUGACACUGUUUUAAAACACGGCGUGGAAGCUGAAAUGAGUACACGGGAGUGCUUUAUACUCGGGGAGAGUCACACAGGUAACACCCAUCCUCUAAGUUUUGAUCUCACUGUGUUCAACCCAGAAACACGGCGCACGCGGUGGCUCGACGUGGCGACAAGCACAGCAGCACACGACGUCUUUUUCAAAGAUCAAGUGAACAAUAGUCUCUUAAUCAUUCCGCUCCCUCAUUCGUUAUCUGGUUUCGUUGUGGAGACGCAGUGUCGAGGAUCUUCAAAGGAUGUGUUUGUGUCUUUGCUAUAUCGUCUCCACAUUUUGUCUCUCGAGUUCAUUAACUAGACAGACAUGCGGUAGUGAUUUAUAUUGGUCUGUAAUAUUUGAUUGUUUUGUCAUAGAGUUGUUGUUCUAUUCUCUGUUAAGCUUUCAGGAGAGUUGUGAAAACUGAAAUUUGCAAAGGGACAAAGCAAUGUACAGUUUUGACUUUUUUCCCCUCUAAUGUUUCCUCUAAAAGCAGCCGAGAAGCUCAGAAGCGAAAAAUGUGCAUUAUUAAACAGCCAUAAUUUAAAACGGCCAGGGAGCUAAGCAUGCAUGGAUGUCUGUUGUCAGGACUGUGUGUUCAAGUACAAAACUGCAUUUUAAUAAGCUAGUUCCUUAUUAGACCCAUGUUGAAGAAGACAAUGAUCAAAGUUACUGAUGAAUGAGGACAGUUUUGAUAGCUUUGGGGUUUGAAAUCAUAUUUUACAAUGUAUUUUUUGAAGUUUGUGUUUAUUUAGCAGUACAGUAGGAGACAUCAAGUCAAGUCACAUCAAGCCUGCAUCUAACGUAUCUUGCAGAUAUUGUCCUUCGGGGUCGUCCUCUUGUGCACUUCUGGAUCUUAUCCAGCACUGCUGCUGACCCUACUUUCAAAUCACCAUUUGGGGCCCUUAGCUUCAGUGGGGCCAAACACCAGUUAUCAGUGGAAAUGCACUCAGUGUGCAGUUCUGGCAGUCCAGGAGGUCAGGAGUGCAACCAGGAUGUUCAUGAGGAGUGAAAUUUUCCGAACGUUUAAAAGGUUAAACGCAGUAAAUCUUUCGUUCUGUCAUCGUUUAAGCACAUAAAGGAUUAAAGACCGUGACAUCGCCUCCUGAGGGUCAGUUGUUUUUCUUGGCAUUUCAAGGGUUAAACACUGUAAAUUUGUCACUCAGCCAGAUUUAGCUCCUUGGAAAUCCAUCGUCAGCCCCAAAAUAAAUGGUGAAGCAUUAGUGUUCUGAUACAUGGAAGCGCAUAUAUGAGGUUGAAUGGUCCUUGGACAGAGAAUGGAAGUGUUCCAGAUGUGCACAAGGAGACUGCAUUGAAUGGGAUAUCAGACAGUUUGAUUUUUAUCUGUGGAGUCCUGGAAACAUUUGAUAUGAGUAAUCACCAUCACUUACCAUGAUGACCAAGGCCCAGCUGUCUAUUCUGGCUGCCUAAUUUCACGGGGUACAGUUAUCCGUCAAACACAUUCAUAUACAGUCUACAAAACUGGAGCCAUCCAAAUUCCAACAUACUUAAUAGAAGCACAGUCUGUACUUUCUGCCUUUUGUAAAUCUAAACCACUUUAUGUUUGGACAGCAGUGAAACGUUGAGGGCUUCUGUGAUGGCUAUUACUGUAGAUAUGCAGAGAAAGCACAAUUUUUUUAUACCUGUAAAUCUGUUACCCGUCAUACUUGUAAACUUCGUUUCUUGUGUCGUAUGUAUACGUACAUGAAUUUUUUUCCUUUUUCCCACAGACGAUUGGGAAUGAAGCUAAUUUAUUUUCUUCAUCUUUUGCCUUCAGCUAAGUGGUGAAAGCAUCCAUGAAGGACUUAAAGUAAUGUGACAUAGUGUAUUUAUUCGGCAGUUAAUGCGGAUGUACUAUUUCAUUCAUGAGCUAUUUCCAGAUUUUAUAAAGCAAUGACGCCUGAAUGACGCUGUUAGCAGGUAACACAACACUUUGUCAAAUAUUUUUAAAUAUCUGUAAAUCACAGUGUGCACUUUAAACCGAACAAACGAUUCCGCUCUGUGUCGCUGUUACUCGGUUUAGCUCAGGGUUUGGGGGAGGACCGUCAAAGUCAACUUAAAUGAAUGAAAUAGGCCAUAUUUAUUAACUGUGCAGUACCUUGAUCACUUGAUAGUGUAGUAUAUGAAUGCAGAAAUUACUUCAGAAAUGUUCUAUUAUCUUGCACAUAUAUAAGAAUAUACAUGGAUUUGGGGAUAUUUGUAUUCACUAUAUCUAAGAUAUUAAAUGUUAAUAUAUUUCAGAGUAUGUGUAUGCAGAUAUAUGGGUACCAUAAAUAAAAUAUUUGUUUUUUCA